AUAAAUAGAUGAUGUGUGGAAAAAAGUAAUUAAACAAGUACUCCGUAGUAGAAUGAAUAAAGAAUGAUGGAGAAAUUUGAGGGAGUACACGGGCCAGAAUAUUUAAAUUCAAAGUUUCAAAUUUGUGUGUGUUAGUUGGAAGAUGAAAGAUGGAGAGGGACAGUAAAAGGAGUUUGGAAGAGCCUGCGGAGAAAAUUCCUCUUGAGGUUAUUGGGGAUAUACUGUCCCGUGUACGAAUUGCACGAGAUAUGAUCAGAGCUUCUCUAACUUGUAAGAUGUGGCGAGAGGCUUAUUGCAAACACCUUCAUACACUUUCAUUCAAUGAUUUUGAUGAUCGUGUCUACCAAGAGCUUCCUACUAGUGACUUGGAAGUGUUGAUCACAACGACCAUUUUCCAAACACCCGCUUUGCGAAAAUUAUGCAUUCAAAUAGAUGACAAGCACGAGUUUUCGGCCGGUUCAGUUGUGGGUUGGUUAAUGUCUGCCAGAGAUAAUUUGUCUGAGUUGUUUUAUAAGGUCAGAACUUCUCCCAGUGUGAAUGUUCUUGAUAUAUGUGGACGCCGGAAAUUGGAAACCUUGACUUUAGGGUAUUACACAAUAAGAGGGGUUGAACCAAGUUUCCAAAGAUUCCCCUCUCUCACAUCACUUUGUCUACUUUGUGUCACUAUUUCGAUUGAGGAUCUAAACAAACUUCUUUUGUGUGUUCCCAAACUCGAGCGUUUAGAGCUCAAUACACUCUUCCUACAAGAUCCAGAUGAGGUUGGUUUGCCAGAAUUGACUGUGAAAUUAUGUUUUCUUACAUUAAAGACUCUAUUAAUUGAGGAUAUCCAAGGAUUUGAGUUUCGUUUGGAGAAGUGUGAUAUUGAGUAUCUGCGUGUGAUCGAAUGUGCUUUUGAUUCAUUUAGGGUCAGUGACAGUCAAAGUUUGAGACGCUUCAGAUUCUCCUUUUCAAACGCCCGACUUCUUGAAAUUGAAGAGGGGGACAAUCUAGAGAUUUUAGAAAUCAUUGACAGUCACGUUUCUCAGUCAAAUUUGUUCCCAAUGAAGAUACAAGCACCAAAGUUGAAAUCGUUUCGAGUUUGGGGUCUUGACAACAAAUUAUCCAUGUCAUUUGAAGGAGCUGGUGAAACUGUUCUUGACGGGUCAAGGCUAGUUUUGGAUUUAGAACGAACGGCUGUUUGUUCGCCACAACUCACCCAUCUUGCUAUAUAUUGUGACUAUGCACUUUGUGACCUUGAGCAUCAUAAUGAAGGCUUCUCUUCUUUGGAGAAUGUGGGGGUCUUGGAGGUUGGGUGUGAAGUUCUUGACGGCUUCUGGGAAUGGGCAGAGAAGGUCCUGAGACGUUGUCCAAAUGUUAGGAAGUUGAUUAUCCAUAUGAUUAUUGAUAAAUACAAAAAUUUAUUGCCUCCUCUGCACUAUGCCACUACCAACACAUCAAGGAAUAAAAUGUUGAGGAAGUAUCACUGCGAGGAUUUAGCUGAGCGAACCUCAUCGGCGGUUGAAAUGAUGAGAAAGUAUCCACAUCUACAAGUGGAGUUUGUCUAUGUGUAUCGGUAUGAUCGGUAUGAUUUUCUCGACGACUGCCUAUCAUGAACCAUUAAUCUACAAGAUUCACAUGUUGUAUCGCUCCAAGCACUAAUCCUAAUUUGCAUCAUGUUGUGCAUGUAUUAUUACUCUUGUGGGUUAUAAAUCCUUCUUGUGCAUGGAACUUCUAUGUGACAUUUUUAACAUCUCUGAAUCUCAUUUCUGCCAAAACAUUUUGGUCUUUUAUCUACGGUUUUUUUUUAUAAUUGAAUGAGCAAACAUUUUUAUUGGUAUGCUAAGCUAUGAAAUUUA